UAUAGCAUCGUACGAGUAGCCGGCUCUCCAUUAAGCUCACGAGACUGACGAGCCGCUGAAUGAAACAGUUGGAUCCAAUCGUUCCAGUGAGACGCACGGCACCAUGGCACAAGAUAACCUCUCGGCUCUUCUCGUCAAACCUAAAGAUUUGAGAUUGGUGCAGACCCCCAUACCCGAAAUACAAGAAGACGAGGUGCUCCUGCGCAUGGAUAGCGUGGGGAUCUGCGGCUCGGACGUGCACUACUGGCAGAGCGGCGCGUGCGGACACUUCGUACUCAAGGAGCCCAUGAUCAUGGGCCACGAGGCCGCUGGCGUCGUCGCUAAGACUGGUUCCAAAGUAAAACACCUGAAGGUCGGCGACCGUGUAGCCAUCGAGCCGGGCGUGCCGUGUCGCUACUGCGACUUCUGCAAGACGGGCCGCUACAACCUGUGUCCUGACAUGGUGUUCUGCGCCACCCCGCCCGUCCACGGCAACCUCUGCCGAUACUACAAGCAGGCCGGCGACUUCUGCUACAAACUGCCCGACCACGUGUCCAUGGAAGAAGGCGCCAUGUUGGAGCCCCUCGCAGUGGGCGUGCACGCGUGUCGCCGCGCGGGCGUCACGACGGGCCACACGAUACUGGUUCUCGGCGCCGGGCCCAUUGGCCUCAUGACUAUGCUGUCUGCUAGAGCUAUGGGCGCUGCUAAAGUACUUAUCACUGACGUGUUACAAUCCCGGCUGGACUUCGCGAAGCAGAUGGGCGCGGACCACACCCUGUUGGUCGGCAAGGACUCGAACGAAGCAGACCUGGUGAAGAAGGUCCACGAAAUACUGGGCUGCCACCCUGACGUCUCCUUCGACGCUAGCGGCGUCGUGUCCACUGUCAGGCUUAGUUUGUUGGCCACGAAGUCGGGCGGCAAGGCGCUGAUGGUGGGCAUGGGCAGCCCGGAGGUGGCGGUGCCGCUGGCGGGCGCCGUCGCGCGGGAGGUCGACAUCCUCGGCAUCUUCCGAUACGUCAACGAAUACCCAAUCGCCCUGUCAAUGGUGGCGAGCGGGCAAGUGAACAUCAAGCCGCUGGUGACGCACCACUUCGACCUGGAGCAGACGCUGGAGGCUUACGAGACCGCGCGGCAGGGUCAGGGCAUCAAGGUCAUGAUCCAUGUCCAGCCCCGGAACACCAACAAUCCCGUCAAAUUCUAGCCUUUGGACGAAAAAUACAGUUGUAUGUGCGUACGAGGACAUUUAGAUUUAAAAUACAAUGAUCAAAAUGAACAAAAGAAUAUUUAAAAUCCACUACUGAAGCAAAUGUUGGAAAAUGGGUGUGCCUAUCAAGGACAUAAUAUAUACGUCCGACCUCGCGAAAUUGUAACCUUUACACUAGGGCCUGUUUCACCACUUUUUGAUAAACUAUUUAAAAAAUCUGCCUGAAGUUACAGUGAGCCCUAUCCCAAACCAAUUUGAAAACCAAUUUUUAUCUAUUUGAUAUGUGACAAGCAUGCACAUACUUUAUCAGUAAGCGGGGGAACAGGCCUUUAAAGUCAUAAAAUACCGUCACAAACGGAGAGGUCUUCUGACUAAGCACGGUUGCUCCACUCAAUUUUGACGUUAACUUUAACCUGCGCAAAACAAAGUAAAGUACGCCAUUUUGUUUUAUUGACAGUGGCGCACAGGAUUAUAUUAACGUCUAAGUUGACAGAAGCAAUCGAGCCUUAAAAUACUUAAAUAUGAAUACUUGAAAAGGGGAUAAUUUUGCAAAAUCUAGAUUAGGAUAGAAUUUCAAAUAUGGGUCUCAUCAUAUAGGUAUAUGGAGCAUCAAUGAGACUCUUUUAUAUACAUUACAGCAUUGGACAUAAAACAUAAUAAAUGAACUACUCUAGAAUUAAAUGUACAUAACAUUUAUGGUUAAUAAAUAAUAAUAUUGAAUUUACAUUUUAAUAUGUAAUAAAUCCUUUUUGUUAAUCCUUUUGUACAUACAGAGUAAAUAAGUAAUUAAUUCAUAGUCAAUAUAGACUUGAUAUUCGUGUAAAAACUAUUUUUGUAUUUUAUUUUUAAACUAAUAAUUUACAGGGAUUGAAUAAAAUUUUGUUUUGUAUCAAGUAAGACCAAUAUUUUAUUACGUUCACAAAAAAAAAUAAUAAACAGGAAUUGUAAAUAAACAAGUACAAAUAUA